CGAGUGACGCUCGGCCACGCUGCAGGUGGGCGCAAGUAUUGAUCUGCCUCUGCCUCCUCUGCGCGAAGCGAUGCCAGACCAGCCAGUGGAGGCAUGGCCUGGUCCGUUGAAUGUCGGACAGCGUAGUUGUUCUCGAGUCUGCUGCUUGCGCGAGUGAGUCUGCUGGUUGCACGAGUGGCGUCUGCGAUUGAGGGAAGAAAACGCACUAAACAAGCGCCAUGAAGGUCGUGUUGGUGAACAGCAAUUGAAAAUUGUUUUGGACGAGUAACAAUAAGAAGCUUUGUUUGAGCUGGCACCGUCGACCUCGGGCAAAAAACCUACCUGAUAAAAGAUGCUGCAGCUGUACAAGAACCAAGUCGUGACCCAGGUCUCCAAGGAGCAGAUCGACCUGCGGCAGCUGGAGCUCGACUGGUACUGCUCCAACUACGACACCAUGGCGGUUUAUGCAAUACAAAUUUUUUCCCGCACACGACGAGCGACGUCAAAAACGCAUCACAAAUUUCACCAAGUUAGAGCACGCCCCUUGUAGUUUGUCAUGCGGAAACCGCAUAAUCCUGAUUGUAAUUUCUGCAUCGUGCACGGGGCAACAUUUGCUGUGGAUACGGUUUCGUCCACCAUGCUUGCCGGUUUCGCGUACGAUCAGCUGACCAACUCCGUCCCGGCGAAGACUACUUCUCUUCAGAUGGAAUUUGUCUACGUCGUUUUCACGGCGGUCUCACUGGGUUUGGCGUUAUCGAUCGCAGUCACCUGUAUCUUCAGCGUGAUCUUCGGGAAGAGUCUGGCGUUGCGGGGGAGCCUGGGGGCGACGUCGGUAUACAUUUGUUUCUUCGGAUAGAAUUUGAAUUUGUGUUGCGAGUUGUUCACAACAGAGCUCAGUCUGUCAUGCAGGAUUGGCAUGUUGAGCUUGACACAAAAUCAAAAUCAAUAUUGCCACAUAUAUUACAAGGUCAACAUCGCUGUUGAUAACCUUCGCAACGAGCAGAAAGUGCUUUACCUCCAGUUCGUCGCGUGUCUGCUCUGCUACUUGAUCAGCCACGUAUUGCAAGUCGUCAUUCUGCACCCCGCGAAGGAGGACAAGCUGACAUCCAUCACGCACCGAAUGGUUUUACCUCCGAUGAUCUUCUUCUUUUUAUUGAUUGUGUACUUCACGAUCAGCCUGACCGUGAAGCUGCAAGUCCGCGACUCCGACGCGAUCUCCGGCACAAUUGCCGCGUUGCGCCCCUACGAAAGAAUAGCGGACUUGGAUCAGCAGGUAUACGAACCAUUGUCCGCGCGACGACAUCUGCACGAAUCGCAAAUGGCGGGGGCGGGGAACAGGGAUAGCGAGUCUUUGACCAGCAUUUUGGAAAAUAUCUUCGCGCCGAAAGAAGAGCAGAACGGCCCAGUUCAGCCACAGGAGGAACCUGGCACGGCUACAUCAUCAAACUCUCCGAAAAGACGCCGCGACCGGAACGCGGUAAUGCCAACAGACAGCGGGUUAGGUGGUGGCCUAUCAUCCGGCAUGGCCUCCGGCGGCCCGGGGAGCCGGGCGGCGAACUUCGCCAGCCGGCCGGGAGAAGGUAGCAGUGGGAACAUGCAGGCGGUGAUGCAGCGGGGGAGGGAACAAACGCCGGACGAGCUGCGGGCGGAGAUGUACCGGAAGAAAUCCGUGCGGGCGAAUUACUUUUACGGCGGAGAACAGGAGGAGGAUGACGAGGAUCACCACCACGACGCGGCGGGGGUGCACGGGAGUUCUACCUUCAUGUCGGAACGGGGAAGUUUGAAUGUCAUGUUCGAUCCGCUGGGGUACGGGAAGUAGCUGGGGAAAGGAAAUGAAACGGGGGCGGUCUUGAUGACGUGAUGAAGUUUAAGUAGUUGAUUUCUCCCUCCAGAUUGACAUUGAAAGUGUUUGGUUUUUUUGCGCAGAAUUUGGUGAGCAAAGAUUUUGAGGCACAGGUCCCCGUCUCGUGACAAGGUUUUUAUUCAAUUUUGCCGUAGUGCUGGAGCUCUGUUUGUGGUGCUCAACCUGCCUGUCUUGAGUUCGAAGACGAAGAGCGG